UUGUGCUUUUGCUUCUUUCUCCCUUCCAAUCCAAACUCACAAACACAACGCUCUAUUCCUUAUCACCAUUCGAUUUUUUUCCAUUCAUUGUUUCUUUCUCGUUAUUAUCCGUCAAUUCAUUUGCUUUCGGAUCAUGUCAAACUCUACUAGUCGAUUUUCGUUGUCAAAAAACAAUGGACCUAACCAAUCAGAUCCACAUAACAACAACAAUAAUCGGCUGGAGAAAUCUGAAUCAGUUAAGCAGGACAUACGUGUCAACUUGUACGAGUUGAUUUUACCGAGAUCAAUUAGCGGGGACAACCUUCAUAGCCUCCUAUCCUCACUGACCCCUUUGCUGGCAGUUAAAUUUUCAUCCAAGCCUAAGAUCGAGGGAAGUAGCAUUGAAUCUGAGGGAAAACCAUAUUUUGUGCUUGAAGACCUGUGGGAGUCUUAUAAUGAAUGGAGUGCUAUCGGCGUGGAGGUGCCCUUUAAACAAAUCGACCAUGAAACUGUUGCACAGUACUUUGCUCCAUCUCUUUCUGCUCUUCAAUUGUAUGUUGAGGAUGAUCAAGGAUUGAAGAAAUCUAGUGAGGAAAAAAGUGGUUUGGAGCCUUCAAAGAAGACAACAACUAAGCUUGUCUAUCAAUUCUUUGAGGACGAACGUCCACAUGAACGCAUGCAUCUGAUUAAUAAGGUUUCAAUUCUUGCUGAGGAGCGUCCUUAUAUAAAAACCUACAGGAGCUCUGAUAUAUCACCAUGCAGUUGGUUUUCUGUGGCAUGGUAUCCAAUUUAUGGGAUCCGCGCCAAACCAACGCUUAAAAACAUAAAAGCAGCAUUUCUAACCUUUCACAAUCUAUCUGCUCACUUUAAAAGCAAAAAUCAACCAAAGUUGCAUGAUGGAGAUGGACCGCUGAAAAUGCCUCUUCCAAUUUUUGGCCUAACUACUGAUAAGCUGAAAAGGUCAAUUUUGGCUUUUCCGAAAGCACGUGAAUCAACUCAACUGAACACUUUGUUGAAGGCUGCCGAUGAUUGGUUAGACAGUUUGAAUGUUGUCAGCCAUUAUGAUCACAACCAUUUUGUUAGGCAUGGUAAGCAGUGGGUGGAAGAAAAGAAAGACAAGUAAUUGGCAUUAAGCACUGGAAGUUGAAUUGCUCAAUUUUUACUUUGUUUGGUUAGUCUAUUUCAAUAAAGUUGUUUAGCUGUUAAGGAUAAACUUUGUUUGGUUAGUCUGUUUCAAUAAAGUGUUUUGAGAAUGUUUUAUUUUGGUGGUACUCAAAUAUUAUUUUAU